CUGAAGUUCUGGGUCUGACUUCUUUCUGGCUUUCUAGGGUCUCACGUAGCGACUUCCCCAUCUUUGUCUCCUCUCCCGAUCCUCUACAUCCUGCCCGUUGAACGGACAACCGGUCGUCAUUUCUAGACUUGCUAUCUGCACCACACUCCAUCUACAGAAUGAAGCUCCACCUACUCGCUAUCGCCGUCGUGUUGGCUCUCGCCUCGUCGAGCAUCGAAGCUCAGACGCUCGGAGACAGCGUCGUCUCCGGCAACGACAACGGCGCCGCUAUGGUCACGGACAGCGUGGCCGACAGCACCGCCGGCAGCGUGGCGGAGUCGACCACGACAGACGACCACCCGGCCGGCCACACUGGACUCACCACGUCCUCGUCCUCCACGACCGAGUCGUCGGGCAUCGGCAGCGACGACAGCUACACGACCGUCGACGCUGGCAGCGACGACAGCGCCAGUGCCGACGAUGAUACGAGCCAGAGCGACGCCGAGAGCGCCAGCGCCUCCGCCACGGGCAGCAGCGACGCGUCUCGCACCUUCCUGGCGACUGGUGCCAGCGUGCUCGCUGUCGCCGUCGCGGCCAUGCUGUAAACACUUCCCUGCUAUCUAUGCUGCCAAAGUAGUGUCUAAAACUGAGUUGAAUGAACCUACCUGUGCAACUGAACUCUUAUAUGGGUCCGCAAAACUACAUUUUAUCUUUUUUUCUCUCC